CCUUUAGAAUAAUAAUGAUGGUGGAGAUUGAUUACGCUAAGAAAAUGCAGAAAUGUCAUGAAUACGUUGAAGCACUUGAAGAAGAACAAAAGAAAAUCCAAGUCUUUCAACGCGAGCUUCCUUUAUGUUUAGAGCUUGUUACUCAAGCGAUCGAAGCUUGUCGGAAGGAGUUAUCUAGUACGACGACAACAUCAGAACAGUGUUCGGAACAGACCACAAGUGUUUGUGGUGGUCCUGUCUUUGAAGAGUUUAUUCCUAUCAAGAAGAGGUCGUUGUGUGAAGAAGAAGAAGAUGGUGAACAUGAAUCUUCUCCAGAGCUUGAACAGAUUGCUAAUAAUAAGAAAUCUGAUUGGCUUAGAUCUGUUCAGUUAUGGACUCCAUCACCAGAUCUUAACCCAAAAGAGGAGCGUGUAGUUAAGAAAGCGAAAGUGGUGGAGGUGAAACCAAAAAGCGGUGCGUUUCAGCCGUUUCAAAAGGAGAAAAAACGCGUUUUGGAGACUGAUUUGCAACCGGCGGUGAAAGUAGCUAGUUCGACGCCGGCAACGACGACGAGUUCUACGACGGAAACUGGUGGUGGUAAAAGUGAGUUGGUUAAAGUGGGAGAGGAGCAGAGACAGAUAGAGCAGCAGCAAUCGCAGUCGCAAACGCAUAGAAAACAAAGGCGGUGCUGGUCGCCGGAGUUACACCGGCGAUUCUUAAACGCGCUUCAGCAGCUUGGAGGAUCUCAUGUUGCUACGCCUAAACAGAUUAGAGAUCAUAUGAAAGUCGAUGGAUUAACAAAUGACGAAGUUAAAAGCCAUUUACAGAAAUAUAGACUUCACACAAGAAGGCCAUCAGCAACAUCGAUGGCGGCACAGAGUAAUGGAAACCCACAACAACCACAGUUCGUGGUGGUUGGAGGGAUAUGGGUACCAUCGCCUCAAGAUUUUCCACAACCGUCUGAUGUAGCCAACAACGGUGGUGUAUAUGCUCCGGUUGCGGUGGCGCAAUCUCCAAAACGUUCGGUGGAGAGAAGUUGUAACUCGCCGGCAGCAUCUUCCUCUACAAAUACAAAUACUUCUACUCCUGUAUCAUAAUCAUCUCGUGAUUUGGUUUUGGUAGGUUUAAUAAUGUUAUGUGAGUGUAAGAAAAUUUUUCGUCCGUUUUGUUUGUAACCAAGAAAUGUUAUUUCCUAGGUUGGAAAUUUUGAAUAAAGUAGACGAAUGCUA